UUUACGGGGGCGGGAGAGUGAAAAGGACUACAACACCCAAAGAGCCGCUUAAAAGCUUGAGGUACCCGAGGGUCUCUUCUUGUUUAAGGGGGUGUCACAGACGUAGGAGACUGGGCAGGGUUAGAGGCUCGGAGACGGGGGCUAAUCCCACUGUACCAGGGGCAGAGGAUAAAGCACAAAUCCGGAUUUGAAAGACAGAGACAGAAAGAGACAGGAAGCGAGAGACCGAAAUUCCCACCACAUCUGGAUUCUCUCCGCACAACCCCUCCAUGGCCGAAUUUGCGAUUCUCAGCGAAGCCCCUCUACCUCUCGUUGCAAUAUCGGACUGAAAAAGAAGAUUUGUCAGUGUGUGCGUGUAUAGACUCACUCUCCGAGCACGGAUAAUUUUAUUAUGGAGUAGCAGCCGCAGCAAUGCGAUGCACACCCCUCACGCUCCAAUAGGGGCAUUUUUUUUUCCGAGCGGGCAGCUCGCCGAUACUAAACAGGGAAAAAAAGACGUUCCUGGGAGUUGGGAAGAACGGGACUCAUCGGGGGAUCAGUGAGCCUGGGUCGUGUUCCUGAGCACGAAAGGAGCAGGGUUGGAAUCUGUCACGGGAUACAGGGAAGAGGUGGAAGAGACAGACUCUGUCCCAGAUACAGGAAAGGGGUGGAAGAGACAGACUCUGUCCCGGAUACAGGGAAGAGGUGGAAGAGACAGACUCUGUCCCGGAUACAGGGAAGGGGUGGAAGAGACAGACUCUGUCCCGGAUACAGUAAGAGUCUCACUCGGCGCGAGGCCAGCCAGCUUGCAGAAGUACAACAGGAAAGACCGGGCAUGCAAGAAGACGUGCAAGAGAGUAUCUGAUCUCAUUCCUCACUCCCCACUGCCUCGCGCUUACCUCCUCUACUUUCAUUUAACGCCCAGCGGCUGGUUUCACAGCACACAGCGGGUCCUCGUGCUGUGGGACUGCUGCUCUUUCAGCGAUUUCCCCCUGGGCUGUCCCAGGGGCACCGGCGCUGACCUCUGCCCUGGCCAGGACACUGCCUGACAGAGGAAGAGAGUCAUUGAGACUAAUCGGCUUAUUGGAACUUAUUGCCUUCUUUUACAUUCAUCAAGCAUUUUGGACAUGGAUAUCAUCUUUUACUUCAGUUUCAUGCGCUGGUGAUUGUUGUGUGUGCUCUGUAAACACAGACUGAAAAGCACCUGUAUGGUUUCAUUGUGACUCUUCUUAUGACUGUGAGCGUCGUUGCCCUUUUCAACUCUAAGCAAACACAGAGGACAGAGAUCGACCAAACACAAAAGACGCCACGUGCUUUCCUCUUCCUUUCGAAUGACGUUUGUCUUGGAAGUGCAGCCUCCUGUCUGUCCAAGCUGGACAGCUGGCAUUGGCCGGGGUCUCUGAUGGAGAGGAGCAUUCUGAGUGUCUGACGUCCUCCCUGCCCCCACCCUCCGCCAGCUGCUGAGACGUGGCCAGGAGACACUGGACUAGGACAAGAGCCAAACGGAGAUGAGGAUGGAGUCCGGACAGACGCAGGCCUGCAGAUCCUGUAGAGACUGUCACCCUGUAACCACGAGGGGGCUGCUGUGCAAGUGUCCUGCUGCCUGGCUUGGCUUUGCUGCCAUCCUUCUGUGAAGCGAUGGAUGACAACUAAUACAGAGCGCCGACAGAAACCCAGGGUACGAGGAGGAGGGGCAGGGUGGACUACAGACUGCGACAUGGAGCCAAUGACUUUCCACUGCUGGUCCUGAGCCGGCUCCCACCUGUCAGGGGCGCUCUCCUGUUCAAAGCCGGGGUUUACUUGCGGUGGUUCUGCCCUGCCAGGACCCGCCCAAGCCCUCGUGCCAACUGCUCGUACAACAAAAAAAAGUGCCGCGCCCCGAAGGAAACAGGACACUCCUGCUGAGGGCGGCCGAGCUACAGAUCGGUGCGCCUCAUUGAGCUCUGCUCAGCCGGACUGCAGCUCAGCCACAGCACGUCGGCAGUCAGCAGGUUUAAAGCAAGGCAGGAGAACAACAGAGGGAUGAGAGCCCAUUAGAGCCAUUGAGGUUCAAGUUUUCAGUCAGUUUUGCUCUUCGUGCUGCAGGAGGGAACAGCGCUUUGGGGAAGGUGGCAGGAGCCGGUGAAUGGGAUUGGGGCGACCAGUCAGUGUCACAGCCCUGCUCUAGAGGCUGGGGUACCGGGGGGGGCAAAGGUCGUCAGGUAAGCAGGGCCAGGAGGCCGGGGGACCUGAGGCCGUGGUGGGGGCCGGGGGGGGAGCGCGCGGGCCGGGGGGCGGCAGCCAUGCGGUGCUCUCUGCGCACGUGGGCCCUGCUGGGCUCGCUGGCCCUGCUGUUCCUCACCUCGCUGCUCUUCUCGCUCUCGCUGCGGGGGGGCGCCGGCCUGCCCUACCUGGACCCCCCCGGCUGGGAGGACACCCACCGGGUCAAGCUGGUCCCCAGCUACACGGGCAGCCAUCGCCUGGGCAACGCGGGAGGCGCCGUGCCAAGAACGUGCGCCUGCCGCAGCUGCGUGGGCGACCCGGGGGUGUCGGAGUGGUUCGACGAGAGCUUUGACCCCGACAUCUCGCCUGUGUGGACACGCGAGAACAUGCAGCUGCCACCCGAUGUCUACUACUGGUGGGUGGUGAGUGUACCCUGCUCUUCUCCUCCCCUCCUCUUCCUCGGAACUGGACUUGUGGGGUUACUGGUGAUGCGAGCAGGCCUGUUUCCUGAAUCGCUUUGUGUAGCUGGCAUGAGAGAGGCUGCUUCUCUCCCUCUCUUCGUCUUGGUGCCCUUCAAGACCCUGGACCUGCUGUGGAUCACCAGCGCCCUCUCUACCGGCCAGAUCCGCUUCACGUAUGCCCCUGUGAAACAGUUCCUUCGUGUGGACAAAGACAAGGUACAGAUCUACAACCCAGCCUUCUUCAAGUACAUUCAUGACCGAUGGACUCAGCACCAUGGUCGCUAUCCCUCCACCGGCAUGCUGGUGCUAUUCUUCGCGUUGCACGUUUGUGACGAGGUGAAUGUUUUCGGUUUUGGCGCAGACAGCCGGGGGAACUGGCACCACUACUGGGAGCAGAACCGGUACGCUGGUGAGUUCCGCAAGACAGGGGUCCACGACGCCGACUAUGAAGCCCAGAUCAUCAGCUCCCUGGCCAAAGCUGGAAAGAUCACCAUCUUUCCUGGGAAGUGAGUGGAGAGGAGCGGAUUUAGACGUGGAAGACCGAGAAGCAGAAGAUAGUCUGCCUUCCAUGGGGACAGAGCUCCCCAUCCAGGAUUCUAUGUUCAGCUUGCUCAUAGUCUCACACACAGACUUCUCCUCCCAGGCGUAUGCACGGCAGUGCUCAGGUUUGCUGAGGUACCUCUGCCCUCUACGCUGGGUUCAGAUGUAACAUUGGCUUGAUGGUGUUUGAAGUUCGGCCCACUGGUACUAGGGUUCCCUCUCCUGCUUUGCAUGACUGUGCCCCUGGCAGAAAGCUCAUCAAGCAUGAUCAGGAUUCGCCCUCCCGUCUCACUGACACAGCUGAUGCCCGGACAUGGCCCUGUGUGGGGACUGGAGCGUCAGGCCUUGAACAUCACAGACUCUCACUCCAGGAGAGACGGGAAAGACGAGGGUAGGUGAAACAGCGGACAGUCCUGCCUCUGGGACUUGGGAAGCAGUCAAGUGCCUCUGGAUGUGCUCAUACUCUGUGGUCUGGACGGACACUGUGCCUCCUCCAGGUCUGGCACAUGAGUAGCAAUACAGCGUGCCAGGUGCAUUUCUCCAGUACUGCACAUCUCCAGUACUUACUGGGCACAGACACUAGGCAGAACUACGGUCCAGCCAAUUUGCUCUUUUAAAGUAGGAGUUAUGUUCUUUUAUCAGGUUUGAAGCGUUUACAUUUCAAGCUUUUACAGAGCUGCAUUUUUCAUAUCGGUACUAUGGCUCUAUUUUUUUUUUGUUUUAUUUUCAUUUAAACCCAUUUCAGGCUGAAACACCAACACUGGGCCUACCUGUGCAAGGCCAUGAGCUGUGAGUCCUCUCUUGAUCAAGGGGACAGAGGCUGCCUGUAGAGAUCGCAGAUGUCUGCUGCUGCCGACGACUUCAGACUGAGAAAUGUGAGUCGGAGCAGGACAUGUGGGGCUCCAUGGCUCCAGCCCGCCUUUACUUUUCCAAACUAGGAUUCUUGUGGGGACACUGGUGGAAUGAUAGUUGGGUGAGAGUUGUGGAUUUUAAAGUAAAUGACCCGUUGCUGACUGGAUCAGAAGCCAGCAGUGGGAGGUGGGAGACACAGGGUGUUUACAGGUACUCUUGCAGCAGGGAGUUCUGCUGGACCUGAAUGGAGCUGGUCCUGGUAUCACAGCACAGCAGCACCCCUGUGCGCUGAGGCUAGGGGGGAUUCACACGGCGCUCGUUUAACAUCACCAGUCAUAUCCUUUCAGUUGUUUUCUAGAAAUUUGAUGAAGGUUGUGAGUUUUAAAAAUAGGCAUUUGAUGCAGUCAGCACAGGCACAGCAGCCUCUAAACCAUCAAGCCCAGGGAGAUUGUAAGAUAUAGGCUAUUUGGUAAGACGUGGGUUUAUGUGAAGGCCCAGUUAUGAGCGCAGCGAGACAGAGGUCACUGCAGCUCUGUGUCCGAGCACUGGGGAACCUGCCUCCUUCCUGAUGACCACACUGCUGCUAUAAAUACAACAUGAAAAGGGCCCAGACAGGCACCACUACUGUAUACAGUAUUUACCUCUACUGCAGGGGGGUUGACAUUGGGCUGCUCUGCUAAAGCAGCUAAAAUGCUAGAAGUUUAAAACUGACACAUACCUGCUCAGACAGGGUCCCGGGGUUUAUUACCACUGUGACUCAUAGCACAGUCAGGACUGACAGACCCCUGCCCUCUACUGUCCGUUAGGGAGCACUGCAACUCAGAGCCCAUGUGAAGAGCUGCCAGGAAUCAUCCUACUCUUCCUGCCCACAGAAGUGCAAGAUUAAAUCAAAACAGAACCAGAUCUACUCUUCUACACAUACCCCAGGUUACCCACAUUGCAUACUGGGAUCUGAGGGUUAUGGUUUUGUUAGUCUUUUGUAAAUUAAGAUUAUACCUGUUAACAGACGUCUGCCCUUUCCUGGUGGAUAUUGUCUUGCACAGGAGCAGGGAACUAGGGCACUCCCAGCUUUCGUGAGCUCAGAGUCCUGCAGCACUCAGCACACAGGUGCUGCUAUACGGUUCAGGAACUCUAGGUACAGAUGUGCCCUGUACUGGUCAGGGACACUCACUGCAGCUGUGCCCAUACACACCUGAACACUGGGAACGCACACAUUAUUUUUACAUAUUAUUUUUUGGGUCAGUUGUUUGCUGCUACCUGCUUUGUUCACAUUGUUUUACCCUAAGAAGUAUACAGCAUUUUUGUCGUGGCUAUGUCCAAGUCUGGCUGGGCUGUCUCUUCAGCUCGGUGGGCUCAGAUCAGGGCUUGUGUUAAGGCUGCCAUCUCCUGCUCCUGCGUCUGUUUUCCGCAGCUGUGGUCCUGCUGGUGCCGUUUCUAUGGGCGGGGGGCACCAUGACUCACUGCCCUGGUAUCUGUCGCUGCCUUGUGUGACAGACUGCACUCUGCCCCAUUCCUGCCGGCCGCAGAGAGCCAUGUGGUGUUGCAACAAGAUAACGAGAUUAGUCUGCAGCUGCGUGAGAACGGGACGGCGUGACGCGCUGGGUCUGUCUGUGCGUGGGUUUGUGUCGCUGUUUGCCUUCGCUCUGACCAUUUCAUUUGCUUAUUGUUCGGAUAACGGCACUUCCACCUCCCCGCCGUGCUUCUGCAGGAAGUGUGCGAACAACUCUCUCUAGUGCCUUUUCUGACGUGUCUCCUGGUUCCACAUACAAACCCCCGGUACUGUCCUGAAGGACAAGAGACCUCUGUCAGUGGGCAGUUUACAGUCUCCUCCUCGCCAGCAUUGCUUUUCAGUUCUGUUUGACAGCUGUCUGCCUCCAUGCCCUUUGCUCCACAGUGACGUAGUGCCAUUUUCUCUUUCUUGACCAGAGGGGCACCAGGGUACAAGCUGGCCUACCAGGGCUCUCCUGCCUAUUGCCAGUUUUUUUUAAAGCUUGUGGUUUAGUGUUAUAUGGAAGGAUGGCGAGAAUGUUUUUAGCAGUUAAAUUACCUAGAGGGGUCAGAAUCUUGCUCUAAGUAGUAUUUUGUGCAUUUACAAUUCAUUUACUAUCCUAUUACUGAGCAUCUCUGCAAAAUGUCAUACGUGCCGAUCAACGUGCAAGUACUAUCCCAGCCUGUGGUCAACUAACACCAAGUGAACUGAUAAAACAAUUGCAAUUGAAAUUUUAUACGUGUUUUUUAUAUCUUAUUCUUGUCUUAAACUUUAUAAUCGCCAGUUACAGUAUAUAGUCACUUGAUGUGGAAAACCCAACUGUAUGUUUUCUACAUCUCGGCUAGAAACUCUGAACUUGCAGCGCACACGGGGGAGGAUGAGGAAGUGCAGACUGACUCCUCUGCCCAGCCCACCUUUGGGCCAAUUGUCUGUUCCCAGAUCACAGGAAGCACCUCCCCCUACAGGAGGUUCAGCUCUGAUUGGAGGAGGGGUGUGGCCCACACCCACAGCACCAUGUGCCUGCAAAUGCCCAGGAGGCCACAGGUGGAGCUGAGAAUAUCUCUUGCCUAAUAAUCCUACCCCACCCUCAGUGGUACGCAAGCAAUUGUCUGCGACCACUUGAGGAAUCCAGGUCGUAGCAGGCUAGUGAAGUGACCCAGGCUCGAACCCGCACCCAUAGAGCUUAAUCUGCAUGGGCGAGUGACUUCACCGGUUCCGUUCCUCUGCAGCUCCCCCAUCUGUACUUACAGGAGCAGACAUAAGCAAUGGCAGUCUGUGCCUGAAUCUUGCAGAGGAAAUCCAAUAAGUUCAUCAUAAAGUUUAAUAAAUGUGUAUUUUUAUUUGCAAACUACGCUCGUCACCAAUACCUCUUCCUAGUAUUGAGCACUCACUCAUCCUAGCAAACAGCUUAAGAUGACUGAGUGAGGUAACUAAUCCAGGACCAUGCCAACACAACGUCUGUGCACAGAUGUGAGUAUACAUGAUGUUAUCAUUCUCUGUUGCCAAAGCUUUUGCCAGUUCCAGUGCACACUCACGCCCAGCUGCCCACCUGUCAGACUGCCACCCUCUCCAGCUGGUCCCCAUGGCAGCCAGUUCAGCCACAGGCUCUCCGGGGGGGAGGGGCAGCAGGUGUCGUGCAGGAGGGUGGGAGGCUGGGGGCGGGAGAGCUGGCUGCCUGUCAAGCAAUGUUCCCUCUGAGCUAUUAUGAAACAACGGCACAUUGGAAAUUGAACUGCGCACAAAAAAAAUAAAUUCCCCAAAAAUCGGAUAAUAAUUAAACAAAUAUGGUUGUCAAUUGAAAAAAUGCUUAAUGGACCACGAGACUGGCUGCGAUAGGCCCAACUCGAUAUCUAUGCUCCCGAAGGCUCGUACCUCCCUGCUCCAGCUCGCUCGACUCUCAGUCUCUCUGACUGGGCUCGUUGAAUCACUGUCCCGGCCUUUUGGAUCUCUAUGCUUCUAUGAGAAUUACUAUAUUAACAAAAAAUAAGAUUUACAAUUUUACAUACACUCAAUUUAGUGCGCACAAGUUUGUGUCACGGGGGGGGGAAAAAUUGCACAACUUGAAAUUUUUGCGCCCACAGGACAAGAGGGAACAUUGCUGUCAAGUGUCCAUAAAGAUGUGAGUGAGCGUGCAGGGAAAUGGCUUUGUGCACCUGGCCUGAACUCCCAGGUGUGUGUGUGUGUGUUGGGGGGGGUCUGUGCUUGUGAAGGGAGAGGGGAGGGACCUCUUUCCCAUGAUGCAUUGUAGGCAUGAAUUCUCAUACUUCACCUGCAAAUGUUUUUUAUUAAAAUGCCUGUUUUUCACACCA